GUCUGAGACUAUGGAGGGCUAUUUACGUUGUAUGAACGUCGCGGACUUGGCGAUUGAGGCGCAGAUGAAGGCGGAGCAAGACCAUGAGAGCCGCAACGUGUUUGCCAUCGAGGGAACGAAACUCGUCAUCCACAAACGCACCAAGAUCAACCACUUCACGCAGAUAUAUGAGCUCGACAAGGAGAAGAUCACGGACGGCAGGAGCGGCCCCAAGCACUGCAUGGUGUCGCUUCGGAACCCGGGCUGCCUGGACGGUCUCGUGCUCACCACCUCCAUGCCCACCGCACAAGGCCAAAUGCAUCUCGUCGAGACCCGCCAACUUCUGGACAAGGGGCACGUACAUGCUCAGGAGUUGCAUCUGAGCAACCUCACUACGGGCGCGAGGUGUGUCACGAAGCGGACAUGGGUUCGCGUGGCGGUGACGCCCCUCGAUCAGGAGAGCGUGCUGCAAGAGAUGAACCUCCAGCCUUGAGGCGAAGGUUGACCAGAAGCCCCGGUCAGGCGACGAUGACGUCAUCGAUGACGUCAUCGAAGGAAGGCAACCAAGGUUUGUGGACAAUUAACCUUUGCCCCUUUACUUUGUGGACAACUGCCCCUUUACUUCGGGUUAGGCAGGCUCAGCUUUUCACCCUUAAAGCUCGUUGUUCCUUUUUUCCAGAGUGUUUUGUCCCGAGGAGUCAGCACCUCGAGUGUCGCAAUAGCCCUGUGGAACAUCCCGUCACAACAGUUAUAUUCUGAAGAACGGACAAUAGUCGAGUUCUUUCCGAUUUGCCGCACAUUGAUCCGUGGAGGUUGCAUACGUUACGUACAGCGUCGCUAAUGGGUAAUCAUGCAAUUCUACCCUGCCGCCUGAGAGCACGUGCCACAGGGUAAAAGGUACGGCAUGCUUUCUAGGUCGGUGUUUUCCCUCGCUGUAGAUACGACAAAUUUUUGUAACUGGGUGUUUCCAUUUUUUCUUUUUCUCUUGUUUGGUGUUGUAGCGGCGACCCAGGAGUCGCUAUGUGGGGUGCUGGAGGGCUUCAUGUGUACGUGCGGCUUGUGAAAUGGUCCAUGAGUUGUUGAACGUAAGACUGUGCUGUUCCUGUUGCCGUUGUUCGACAUUACACGAACCUGUUUCAGGUUGAUACGCAUGUGCAUACAUUGGGUGAAAUUUUGUUGGGUUUAUAGUGCUGUGCGGGGUUGGUUUCCACGUAGGAUUCUACUGGCGAAGUUCAUUGCGAAUCGUAGACCUCAUCUUGUGUGAUUCUUGGAACGCUCGGAAAUUGAAGUUUUCUGUCACGUCGUUAGGGUGGUAUCUAGGGGGGGGUCAGCGAAUGGCAACGUUCUUCAGAAAGGCUGUUCGAGUUGUUAGUUUUUCGAUUUUUGUAGCUGUAGUUCAAACUGUCGUUUGGAUACCUCAUUUUUGUUCUUGUCGAAAUUGUCUGGGCUUGAUGGUCUCGCAGCCUUCUUUGGGAGAGAAGCGUACUCUGGAACAGUGAUGAAUGGGAUGGGAUAGCGUUGGUGGUGUUGGUUCGACUUCUGGUUUCGUUCUGAGGGUGCUAAUUUGAGUUUUCGUGGGGAACCCCUGACCCCCACGGGUCCGCACCUCGAGCCGCCUCAUGAACCCAAACCCAACCCUGCCCAUCCCUGGCGUGAUCACCACCACAAGAACAGUUGUGUGUGCAAGGACGGUCUUCGCGUGUAGAGGGAUUGAUUGUGAUGACAACUCGACGAGUAUCGUGGCGUUGCCUGUCUGAAGCUUUCCAGUUUUUUUUAUCCGUCAACAAGUCGAGAGACAGUUUUCAGGUCUUGGUUGAUUUAGUCUAGCCAGCAGUCGUCGUCCGUUUUGUGCUUGUGCAGUCUUGGUGCCUCAGCACUACCUGGUACUCCGAAGUAGUAAACAAUAGUGGUCGGUGAAGAAGGUCAUGUGCGCGAUAGGGAAGUCUGGUUUGGAGAGUAUGGGUACACUGGUGAACGAGCUCGACUGUGUGCAGCGGGCCCACUGCGGGUGUAUGUCUCGUAGUGGCUGGUAGGGUAGGUGGUGCCUAACGUGUGCAAUGGUGUGCCGCGUGUGUGGUUCAAGUGUGUCCUGUGGUGCCCUUUCUGCCGUUGAUCUUGUGACUCUCAACCCGAAAGAGCGAAAAUGUUGCCUGGACUGUCCUGCAUUGAAAAGACAUGCCUCAGUAGGGAAUGAGGGAUCAAGAGCAGGGAUAGGGUGGAAGCACUGCAAAGCACCCGUUUCACACAAGCCUCGUUCAUGCCUUGAUGGGUGCAAGAGUGCUUCUGCUUCUUGAAUGGUCGCCAUACUUACCGAGCUAGACCAGGGUUUGAAGGGCUACGCGCGACGGGUUCCCUAGGGACGGAGUAUAUUUCCACAUACGCGUCGGUCGGAGGAGCCGCCGAGAGGGGCCUCCGCAGAGUGUCAUCGAGAAAGUAUAGUAAAUAAGUAAUGUUUGCCAGCACCCGCCUUCUGCUUUGAAAUUUUAUUGGGGAGGGGCCAUAAGGCCUGGCUGGUGGCAUGGGAAACUCAUGUAGUACUGAUAUACACACGUAAUCACAAGCAUUUCUGAAGUGCUCUCGUGCAUUCCUGUUUUUUUGUAGAAGGUCGAGUUGAGGGGUGGCACUUCAAUUAGGGCUCGGAACGUAACUGCCUGAUUUUCUGUCCCUUUGAGAUGUAGUAGAGAAGGUUCUGAAUUGAGGCCAGUACGAUAUAUUGUGUGGAGAUUACAACAACUCGGCUCCUCAAAGUCAAGCUAAACAUUGUCCUUGGAACAUCGCCUGAGAAGGGCCUGACCGUCCGUGGAGUGCCUCUCAAACAAGAU